AUGCGUCAGAACGUCGCCAAGAUCGCGUCGAGCAUCCUCAUAGGAUUCCGUUCAAUGCUUGAUCAGUUGGACUGGAUGACAGCGGCCUCUAAGAAGGGUGCUUACAGCAAGAUCGACAACCUUGUCAAGAAUAUCGCUUAUCCGGACUGGAUCACCAACGAUACUCAGUUGACCGAAUACCAUAAGAACCUAGGCAUACAAGUGAACAAGGACGAUUACCUCACCAUGGUGUCAAAGGCACAAACAUUCGCCGCUUACACAUCGUGGGAUGCUCUUGUCUCCGGACCGGUCAAUCGUGUUGACUUCCUUGGACCACCAGGAACAACGAAUGCCUGGUAUCAG